UAGUGUAUCACAUCGUCUUUCUGUUCACUUUGUUUCACAAACGAUUCAGGUUCUUCCUACUAUCUUCUGCCACCUCCUUGCUUUUCUCUACUUACUUCACAGAUGUCGCUGAGGUAGGUAACCUGGUCUAAUCCUGAAGAAUUCAAGGGCAGAAAAGAAGUCUACUUGUGAAGUUUUCUUGUCCCUGGUAUGUGCAGGAAAUGAAGACAUUGCCUGGCAUGUUUGGAAUUGGGAAAUUGUGCUCAGUAUUCUUCCUAAUCCCACAUCUGGGCAUCUGGAGUACCAACGGUGAAAAAUCAUGUGAAGAACAACUGUAUGUAAAGAGACAUUCCAUAUACACUGUCUCAGCAGGGAAAUCAUUUGAUCUGAAAUGCCCUGUGAAAUACUGUACUAAGAGACCUGAUGUGAUCUGGUGCAAACUCGAAGGAAAAAGCUGUUUAUCUUUUAGGUAUAAACAUCAUACAUACACAAGUUGGGACGAAAAGGAGAAUAUUUCAGCUUUUAUUCUGCAUUUUAAUCAUGUGCUGCCUGAUGAUACCGGGUCAUACCGCUGUUCUGCGAAUUUUUCAUCUGGACUUGUUGAAAGCCAUUCAAUUACCAUUAAUGUGACAGAAUGGACUAGACAUAAUUCCGAAUACCCUUUGAUAAAUACAACCAGUGCCUCAGGAUCACCCUCUGCAGAAGUGACAGAUGAAAGACAAUGGAUGCUUUAUAGUCUGCUUCCUUUGGGAGCAUUGAUUCUGCUUAUUAUCUGUUUCUACCUAUUCUGCUGCCUUCGAAGGCAUCAAGAACCAUGGAUAAUGAUUUCCUUGAGGACAGCUCAUCCUUCCACCAAAAAGACAGAUGGACUCAUUCAGGUCCCGUCCAGUCAUGCAGAACAAAAGAAGCCUUCUGAUAUAGCAAGAAGGGACGUUAACCUGGUUGAUAUUCCCCAGCCCUUUAGGAGCGAGCAAACUGAAGUGGGAACCAGGCAAAAUCCCCAAACACUGCCAUCAGAGACUAGUACUUAUGAUAAUGAGCCCUGGUUCAAGGUCCAGGAAGAGUCUGAAGUUUAUUCUAACCCAUGUCUGGAGGAAAACAAACAGAGCAUUGUGUAUGCCUCCCUGAACCAUUCUGUCACUGGAAUAAACCCAAGACAACCAAGGAAUGUGAAAGAGGCACCCACAGAAUAUGCAGCCAUAUGUGUAAGGAGAUAAUUCCAUCUGGAUCUCCAACCAAUGAUCACUGAAUGAUCAGCAUAUCAAUGCCAUUUUCUGAGCCCAACAAAAUAUCAGACAGUAUACCUUGACCUGAGAAGUUUCACUUCAAGGAGGUUCAUGUUGGUGCUUGGGUCUUCAGGGUUCAUAGGACAAAUGACUAAAAUUUCUCCCCCCAAAUUACGAGGGAACUUUUUUACAGCAUAGUACUGAACAAUAGCACAAAAACCCUUCCCUCCAGAAAUGAAUGGUAUUAUGAAUAGCAGGGUAGCAGAACAUUCACACCUAGAUACAUUUUACCCAAUGGACGAAGUUAGUAUAUUUUUUGGAGGAUGAGAGAUACAUGUAAGCAAGAGAGAUCUGUGUUAUCUGGAUUAGUUCACUAUACUCUCUUGGCGAAGAAAGAAUGUCCCAGUUUGACUGACUAACCAUCAACAAAGCAACAAUAUUAUGUUUAUUCCUCGUCAUUCUUCCAUGAUGAGAAAUUUUCCUCUGUCCAUCUCAUACUGGGGUUUCUUACAUGUAAAGAAGAAAUCAUUUUUGACUUGUUAUAAGAAAAGAAUGGAAAGAAGAAAUGGUGCAAUGAAGAUGUGGAACACACCAGCUAAUGUGGUGUAGAGGCUCCCCAUCCCUGACAGAAGGUUUUAUCUGCCCUGUUACACUGCUAAGUAAACAUAGGUAGUAAUGGAGUAUUAAUGUGUGGUUCAUUUGUAAACACAGUUGUGACUCAGGGUUUGGGUCACAUAGGCUAAUGUUUAUAAAUGUGACAUAAUGCUGCUAAAUUAACAUCCUUGGGGGUAUCUAAGUAAACAUAAAAAUCGGUGAAAAUAAGUAUCAUCCAGCAGGUACAGAUUGGUAGCUUAAACUGCAUUGCGGCUGACCUGAUAGCAAAUGAAAAGCAUAGUUAGUGGAAUAGAGAAAAGUCUGGAAUAUUUAGUUGGUCAGUACAGGUCACCAUCCUUUCAUUAAGCACAUCUGUACGGCUUGAUAACAAUUCAUUUUAAAAUACUGUAGUUGCAGUCACUUGACUACAGCAAG